AUGGUUCGCAUUAUCCCGACACGUCUAAAGUCCGCUUCCUCCCUCAACAACAGCCGCAGCAACAGUCCUAGGCGAUCCAACAGCAACAGCAACUCCGUCUCCAACACGGCCAAUACUUCCAGCAUCAACAACAACAACCACAACGGCACUGGCAAGUACCAGUCACGCACUCCCUCCAGGAUGGGCAGCGAUCUUUCCGCCAAAGAUAAAGACACCGGCCUGACCUUGAAGGUCGUCAUUCUGCGUGCACGCAAUCUAGCUGCGAAAGACCGCAAUGGAACAUCAGACCCCUACCUCGUCCUCACUCUUGGCGAAGCCAAAGUGGUAACCCACGAAAUCCCAAAGACUCUCAACCCAGAAUGGAACGUCAUUGAAGAAAUGCCCGUCACGUCCCCCGACUCUCUCAUUCUCGACGUCAUCUGCUGGGACAAGGAUAGGUUCGGCAAAGACUACAUGGGCGAGUUUGACGUUCCUCUGGAGGAGCUCUUCACCGCCACCAAGACAGAGCAGGAGCCCAAGUGGUAUUCACUCCGAAGCAAGCGCCCUGGCAAGAAGACGAGCGUCGUCUCCGGCGAGGUCUUCCUACAAUUCACCCUCUUCGACCGCACGAACACCGCUGCUAGCCGUGAACAGAUUUUCGAAAAGUUCUCGGCCAUUGUCCAGCAAGUUCCUGUGGGCUCCCGCAACCAGACACCACUCAUGACGCCCUCUCUCACAGCGUCGCGUGGCCCCCUAGGCGAGCCAGAGGGCGCUCGGCCAGCGCCGAUUGACCCGACUGACCUAACGCCCGAUGACGAGGAAGACGACGAUGACGAUGAUGGCGACUCUAGCCUGUCCGACGAUGAAGAAGACUCCACCAAGCCAGAGGUCAUUGAGAAGAGGAAACGUCGUCUACGUAUCAAGGGUCUCCGAAGACGGAGGAGAAAGGGUGGCAAUCAGUUCGAGUUCAACAACAGCGGCAGCGAUGUGGUCGGAGUCAUCUACCUCGAGAUCCUAAACAUUACCGAUCUUCCCCCGCAGCCAAGCGCCACUCGAACGACCUUUGACAUGGACCCGUUCGUUGUGGCUUCCCUGGGCAAGAAGACGUACCGGACGAAACGAGUGCGCCACAACCUGAACCCGGUCUUCAACGAGAAGAUGGUGUUUCAGGUUCAAGGACACGAACAGGCGUAUUCAUUCAACUUCACCGUCAUUGACCACGACAAGUACUCCUCCAACGACUUUGUAGCCGAUUGCAACCUCUCCAUCAAAGAACUGAUCGACAACGCCCCCAAGGCCGAUCCUAGUACAGGCCUCUACCAGUUGCGGGAACCCACAGAACACACGCCGGUUGCUCAACAUCGCUCUCGGUUCCGCAAGCUCGGCGUGUCGCGAACCUCUUCUUCUCAGAGCCUUAGUAGAAUGGUCCGGCCCUCUCUCUCCAAGCAAGCUAGUGCCGCUUCGGGCAUCUCUCAGCUGGGGACCCCUUCACCACCGCCUGCUCCGGCCCAAUCUCUGAACCCCGAGUUCUUGAGCCCUGAGCAGGCCAUCGCCGGCGCCGGCGCAGACACGGCCGAUAUCGAAAGCUACGACAUCCACUUUUUGGAUUUUCAGUUGCCCCUCAAGAUGAAAGAGGCUGACAAAUGGGAGGCCAAGCACAGCCCGACGCUGUUCGUCCGCGCUAAAUUCGUGACGUACCCGGCUCUGCGACAACAGUUCUGGCGCUCCCUGUUGCGACAGUACGACACGGAUGAGAGCGGCCGUAUCAGCAAGGUCGAGCUCACGACCAUGCUGGACACUCUCGGCUCGACUCUGCGCGAGUCGACAAUUGACAGCUUCUUCCAGCGGUUCCCCCACAAAGCCAACGAUGAAUCCGGCGAGGACGUGUAUGAUUUAACCAUGGAUGAGGCUGUCAUCUGCUUGGAAGACCAACUGGAGGCUAAGAGCCGCCCACAAAUUUCCCUUGCAGACAAGGUCAAGGGGGUCCUCGCCGAUGCAGACAAGGCGGGUAAGAACCUUCUUCACCUACCGACAACAGAGGGAAAGGAGAACAACCCGCAAGUUCCGACGCAGAACCCGGGCAGCGCGGGCCUAUCCUCCGAAUCGACCAUCAUCGUCCCUGAACUCAACAAGUCGGGCGAGGAAGGAGAUAUCUUUACACAGGACGACCUCGCUGAAGACCGCAGUGGCGAGGAACACGUGGUUGAGAUCAGAGAGUGUCCCAUCUGCCAUCAGCCGCGACUUCACAAGCGCAAGGAUACUGAUAUCAUCACGCACAUUGCCACUUGCGCCAGCCAGGACUGGCGCCAAGUCAACAAUUUGGUGAUGGGAGGGUUCGUUACCUCAAGCCAGGCGCAACGCAAGUGGUACUCCAAGGUCCUCACCAAGAUCUCGUACGGAGGCUACAAGCUGGGUGCCAAUUCGGCCAACAUUCUUGUGCAGGAUCGGAUCACGGGUCAGAUUAAUGAAGAGAAAAUGAGCGUGUACGUGAGGCUGGGCAUUCGUCUCCUGUACAAGGGUUUGAAGUCUGGAAACAUGGAGACCAAGAGAAUUCGGAAGAUGCUGAAGAGCAUGAGCGUCAAGCAAGGCAAGAAAUUCGACGACCCCGCAUCCAAGGCGGAGAUUCCCAAGUUUAUCCAGUUCCAUCGACUGGACAUGUCGGAGGUCCUCCGGCCCCUUGAAGACUUCAAGAAUUUCAACGAGUUUUUCUACCGAGCGCUCAAGCCCGGCGCCCGCCCAUGUUCUGCUCCGGACCAUCCUGGUAUCGUUGUCUCGCCAGCCGACUGCCGCAGCGUCGUGUUCAACAGCGUGGAUCACGCCACUACCGUUUGGAUCAAGGGUCGCGAAUUUUCCGUCAAAAGACUCCUUGGCGACGCGUAUCCAGAGGAUGCGAAGCGGUACGAAAACGGCGCGCUGGGCAUCUUCCGUCUUGCGCCGCAGGACUACCACCGCUUCCACAUCCCUGUAGAUGGACGAUUGGACAAGCCAAAGCUGAUUGCGGGCGAAUACUACACGGUCAACCCUAUGGCCAUUCGUUCGGCCCUUGACGUGUAUGGUGAGAAUGUGCGAGUUGUCUGCCCCAUCGACAGUCCCAAGCACGGCCGCGUAAUGGUCAUCUGUGUCGGAGCUAUGAUGGUGGGCAGCACGGUGAUCACGCGCAAUGAAGGCGACGAGGUCAAGCGCGCAGAAGAGCUCGGUUACUUCAAGUUUGGUGGCAGCACCAUUGUACUCCUGUUUGAGGAGGGCAAGAUGCGGUUCGACGAUGAUCUGACGGACAACUCGGCUGGCGCGCUCGAGACCUUGGUUCGAGCGGGCAUGUCCAUCGGUCACUCGCCCGACGAGGCGCAGUGGACUCCUGAUAUGCGCAAGAAUGAUGAGGACAUCACGGAUGCCGAGAAGAAGGAGGCUAAGCGGCGCAUCCAAGGCAGCGUGGGCGAGGAAUCAUCGAGCGGAGACGAGACACCGGCGGCACGGCCGGACGCGCAGACGAUUGCGGCGUCCACGAUGUAG